CAUUACAAAAUAAAAUAUUUUCCCUCAAACGAGAAAUGCUUGAAAAAUUAUAAAAUGGCAGUCAAAUUGGGAAAUAUAUUUGAACAAUUGACAUCAAUACGCAAUUCUUUUUAUAUUCUGAGUAAACGCAAGUCGUUUAAAUAUGGGGUGCCAUUUAUUUUGUUUGUUGUAGGAGGAUCUUUCGGACUAAGAGAAUGGACCCAAAUCAGAUAUCAGUUCUCUCAAGUAAAAGGAGUGAGCAAAGCUGAGGCAGAGAAGAUGGGCCUAAAUAAAGCCAAGGAUGUGACCCUCGAGGGCACGUAUGAUGAAAUUCAGAAGCUGGAUAUAGAUAAUUGGGAAAAUAAACGAGGCCCGCGCCCCUGGGAACCUGAUACCGUGGUUAAGAAAACAUAAAUAUGCUGCCAUGAUGUUAUUUGUUGUUAAAUAAUGUAAAUAGUUAGGAUGUAAUCAAUAAAAUGGUUUGUUUAUUAAU